CGUGUGCUUUCGUGAUAUUUGCAGAUUUUUGCAAUUAUGUGGCGAUUAUUACUGAAUGAUAUUUCACAGGGCAAUGUGACCAGCCAGCUGGAAAAAUUAGAAAUGACCAAAGAUAUUCUGGAAAUGAUGAAUCUCAAACUGGAGAGUGAAAAUUUAGAGCUGCGGCUCGCAUUAGAAAGGACGAAUUCGGACACUCCGCGGUUGCGAGAGAAAGUGAAUCAUUUGGAAAUAUAUAUGAAGUUAUUGAAAGCAGAAAAGUCGUCAGACUCCUAGUUCGUCAGAUAAAGACUUGCCGGAGCAACGCGCUAAAAAAUCUACCUUCGAAAUGGAGAAAACAAUAUUU